AUGUCUAGCACUGCUAUUCCCGAGGGCAACGUCGGCAACCUGACGACGGAGCAGGAGACCAAGCUCCGCCAAUUUUGGGGCACAAUCUUCAAGCUCUACGACCUCUACGACUCCAAAGACCCCGAGAUCCAGGCUGCGCUCAAGAACUGCGCCUCUCAGGCAGCUGCCCCCGUCCAAAAGUCUCGCUUCGGCCUCUUUGGCGGCGGCAAGAAGGCCAGCACCGAAGAUAACAACGCCACUGCUCUCAUCGAGAAGCAGCUCGGCCUCGGAGCCGCCGAUGAGAAUGACAAGUUUGGACUGCGCAAGCAGUUCAUGGAGAUGCUCGGCAAGCACUCGGCCGAAUCUUCCCGCGCCAUGAUCCUUGAGGCCGUCAAACAUGACCACCCUGAUGCUCUUGCCUUGCGCUUCCUACGUGCUCGCAAGUGGGAGGUUGACCGCGGCAUCAUCAUGAUGUUCUCCGCCAUGGAUUGGCGCUCGAGCAAGUCCAAGGUCGAUUCCGAUAUCAUGUACAACGGUGAGGCCGGCGGUGCUCGUGAUGAGAAGAGCUCCGACCCCAACACCAAGGUUCUUGCCCACGACUUCAUGCGUCAGCUCCGCAUGGGCAAGGGCUUCCUCCAUGGCACCGACAAGCUGGGCCGUCCCAUCAGCUACGUGCGCGCCCGUCUGCACAAGCCCUUUGAUGGCAAGAAUGAGUCUCUCGAACGUUUCAUUGUCUACAACAUUGAGACUGGUCGCAUGGUCCUGAACCCACCCAUCGAGACUGCCUGCCUGGUGUUUGACCUCUCGGGCUUUACCCUCGCCAACCUGGACUACGUGCCCAUCAAGUACAUUAUUCAGUCCUUCGAGGCCAACUACCCCGAGUCUCUGGGUGUCAUUCUUGUGCACAACGCGCCUUGGGUGUUCAAGAGCGUUUGGAAGAUUAUCCACGGCUGGCUGGACCCUGUCGUUGCGAGCAAGGUGCACUUCACCAACGGCCGCGACGGUGCGGACGGCAUCACCAACCACAUUGCUCCUGACAGACUGAUCAAGGAGCUUGGCGGCGACCUGGACUGGGAGUACAAAUACGUGGAGCCCGUCGAGGGCGAGAACGAACUCAUGAAAGAUACCGCUACCCGUGAUCGCCUCAAGGCUGAACGCCAGGAGAUUGGUCGACGAUUCGAGGCCGCCACGAGAAAGUGGGUUGAGGCGUCGACUCCCGAGAUCAACGUGGAGCGCACCAGCGUGGCCAAGGAGCUCGCCGUCAACUACUGGAAGCUGGACCCGUACAUCCGUGCCCGCAGCUUGUACGACCGCAACGGUAACCUGCGGGGUGGCAAGCGUGUCGCCUGGUACGAGGACGAGAAGGCGGCGGCGGCCGCCGAGGACAAGGCUGGUGACAAUGCUACCCUGCAGUCGGAGGACACGUUUGUCGACGCCACCUCCAAGGCCAUCGCUUCGCUCAACAUUGACGAAAAGGCACCUCUGCAGACCACUGCCAACGCCGUUGCUGCUUAA